CAUAAAAUUUAUGGCAAAUGCAGCUGAGAAAAUGGGUUUACCAUACACUGCACCAUUCUACAGGCAGAAUGGAUCCAUCGAGGGUUUGCUAAGCGGUGUGAAUUAUGGGGCAGCAGAAGCAACAAUCAUGAGCCCCAAUAGCCUGAGCCACCAGUGUCUUAACGACCAGCUAAGGCAAGUAUUUGAGACACUUCAGCUGUUUGAGUUACAACUCGGCCGGGAAAGCGCUUACCAUUUCAUCAGAUCCUCCAUAUUCUACAUUUCCUUCGGUAAAGAUGACUACAUAGGUCUCUUCCUCCGCAACUUUUCCGGUGUAAUGGCCAAAAACAGUGGCCACGAAUUUGCUCAAAUUUUGGUUAACCAGAUGGUGAAUGCCAUGAGGAACCUUUAUGAUCUGAAUGUGAGGAGGGUUAUAUACAUGGGAAUAUUACCUUUGGGAUGCACCCCAAGUUUACUGUUGGAGUGGCACGUUCACACAGCUGGAGGUAACAAUAAUGAUGGAACAGGUUGUGUUGAGGAGAUAAAUGAACGGGUUUUGCAAUACAAUAUAAUGCUAGAAGAGGAGAUAAUUAGGCUCAAUGAAGAGUUGCCUGAUGCACAGAUAGUCUUCUGUGAUCUAUACCAAGGAGUCAAGAAGAUCAUAACCCACCCACAAUUCUAUGGAUUUGAGGAUGCAAGGAGUGCUUGCUGCGGGCUUGGUUUGUAUGGUGCGGAGAUAGGAUGCCUCUCAGCAGACAUGGCCUGCAAUACUGUUUCAUCUCAUGUCUGGUGGGAUUUCUAUAGCUCAACACCAGAAGUUAACUCCUUGCUUGCUGAUUCAGCAUGGUCAGGUGAAGCCCUCCUGUCUAACAUUUGUCGCCCUACUACCGUCCAGGAUCUGGUUUACACUCCAACAUAGCAUCUUCCCUGACCCCCAAUGAUUUCACAAUGUAUUCUUUGGUUUAGAGGUCUCCUAGAGUAGUGAAACAUAUCUUCACAAGCUAUUACGGAUUGAAAUUUCCUUGUUAGGUAACCCCUUUGUCCUUUACGCAUUCGGACAGUUUCUCCAAUUUUGUGUCCCGUAAAAGCUAGCUGAGAAUUGGUGUAAUGGUCCGGUAACUGUUCUGAGAAACUGCAGUC